UGUUGUAUCGCGUGAGUAGUAAGCGAUUCACUUCCUGUAUGAGAGUGUGUUGAUUUUCAUGCGACUUACACAAAUGUGUGCAUCUGUCAGCCAGAGGUGAACAUGGCUGAAGUCUCGGAGAGGACGCUACAAGUCGCCGUCGUGGUUUCUUUUGCUGCCGGCUUUGUAGCGGGUUGGCAGGCUAACAGAAUGAGGAGAAAGUUUCUGGACUGGAGGAAGAAACGGCUGCAAGAUAAACUGUCAGAAACUCAGAAGAAGCUGGAUUUGGCUUGAAUGGUCUGGGGUUGUCUGGUCUUCUCUGUAAAGCUGCUGGACCCUGGAUGUGCUACACGUCUGUCACUGUGGAGAAGAGACCUCAAAAUGACCUACCUGUGUUCUGCACUACCAACAUUUUCGUAUCACACCUUUUUAAAUCAAGACUGGACUUGACAUAAUAGUAUGGUCUAUGGAAAUACAAUCAUUACCUACAAACAGCAGCUUCUUUUCUCCCCUCAGACACUUGUCUGGCAUUGCCAGACAUAUCUCCACAGCCUGGUGUCAGCGCUCGAGUAUUGUCUGGCUACACUGCUUAUCUAUUCUGGGAUAGUGGGGGGAAAAAACGCUCUGGCUUGUUAUUUUUUCUUCAAACCAAUCAACUAUCCUGGGCUGCACUAACUAAGCCCCUGAUGCACCGACCGUGCCCUUGCAAAAUAGAUAGAAGAAGGGGGGGGCUUCAUCCCAGCAAUGUACAGGACACUAACAGGGAAGAAAUUUGGGAUCUGGUUUUAGUGGUUUUCCUUUCCAGCAUGUCUCAGUUUCUAUCUGUUUCAUAUCUGGUCAAAUAAAUUAUUGUGUUUUUCAUGUUUCUCUUCAUGUAACUAUAUUGUUGUUUAUUUGGAAAGCUGGUAUUCCACAUUGAGGUUACAUAUUUGGGGAUAAGGGUUCUCAUUUGUUGGCUUUUGUCACUGUUGCAUUUUCCUAAAACAUACUGCCACGUCAUCAUCGUAAUUGACACACAUUUGAGGUGACUCAUCGGUGACAUGGCCAAAAGAGCUUUUAAUGUAUAAAAUUGUUUAAAUAAAAGUAAUUUCC